AUGAACACAUCUUUUCUAAUACAGCGUCUUAGGGUUGGCACCGAGCUCAUCAUUCGUCUCAAGUGGGGCCAGACAGAGUACAAGGGCAAGCUGGAAAGCAUCGAUUCGUACAUGAAUGUCCUCCUGAGGGAUACGGAGGAGUUCAUCGAUGGAAAGAACACGGGUACACUUGGUCUUGUGCUGAUUCGGUGUAACAACAUUCUCUGGAUGGGAUCGGCAGACAGCGUUGAGAUGACGGAUUUGGGACUGCGAUAG